CAUUUACUCACUCCCACCUUUCUCUCCAUUCAUUUAACUCUUCUCUUCUCUUCUUUCCUCUCUUUUAUUGCAUCCCACCUUCCAUCAAUUCAUCACAUUCCAACCACCAAAAUCUUCAACAUUCUCACACUUUCUCUCUCUAAAACACACACCCAUUUUCUCUCUCUAAAACACAACACAAAAUGGAAUCGCCUUCAAGAACUCUAACACUUUCUCAACCCAAUCAUUCUCUCCGCCGCCGCCGUAGCAGCAGCGACUCAGUUAACUCCCCCGAAUUCGAGUUCUCGAACACGGGUUGCGACCCACAAAGCGCUACUCUUCUAUCAGCUGAUGAGCUUUUCUCCGAUGGUUUCCUACUCCCUCUUCACCGCCUUCAUCCUCACCAAUCAGUUGUCCCUGAACCGGAUACCGGGCCGACCGACCCGGACCCGUCUCCUUCCGAACCGGACUCUGAACCUGAGCCCGAACCCUCUGCUUUGAUCACUUCGAAUAACAAGAUUUUAACCGCUUCGAAGCGGUGGAGGGAGAUUUUCAAGCGGGCCGAGAAAAAACCGGGGAAUGAACCCGAAAAUAAGGUGGAGAAAUCCGAGAAGAGGAGAGAGAAAGAGCGGAAAAACGCUCGUAACAAUAGUAAUAAUAGUAAUAGUAAUAAUAAUAGUUCGGCCGAGCUGAAUAUAAAUAUUUGGCCGUUUUCGCGAAGCCGAUCCGCGGGAAAUAAUUCGGGUCGGGCCAGAUCGGCGGUUCAAUCAAACCGGAAAGUGAGCAGCGCGCCUUGUUCAAGGAGCAAUUCAUCAGGCGAGUCAAAAACAUCGAGAAAGUCUUGGCCCAGUAGUCCGGGCCGGGCCGGGGUUCAUUUGGGCCGGACCAGCCCGGUAUGGCAAGUGAGGAAGCCCGUUUUGAUGAACCGAACACCCAACGGUGGUGGUUCGGGUAAAGGCCGGGUUUUGAAGCUGAAUGUUCCGGUGUGUAUCGGGUAUCGACAGAGUUUGAGCUGUCGAAGCGAAGAAAGUGGCGGUGGUGGUGACGGUGGCGGAGGAGGGAUGAGAAGUGGCGGUAGUGGUGGUGGUGGUAAUGGUAAUAAUAUGUUUAGUUUGCGUGGGUUGUUUAGUAAGAAAAGUACUGUUUUAACGGUUUAAGUUAUGUUUUUAACUGUUUUUAUUACUAGGUGUAGUAGGAAUGAGUGAAAUUUUUAACAGGGAAGUAUAGUUUAUUGGAUAAGAUUUUUAUUCUUCAUCCUAAUUUUAAAUUUUUUUGUAAAUAUUAUUCCAUAUUCAGAGAGUAUGUAUUACUUACACUAUUAUUAUUGUUGAAUACAUUAGCAAUUAUGCAAAAAAAAUUUAUUA